AUGGCACUGGGAAAGAAGAGAUUAGGUGCUGCGAAAUCAUCAUCCAACUCGAAUCGAAACGUAGUUGGUGAUGGUGGAUUAGGGUUAGGGUUAGAAUUUGUUAAGCACAAGAAAAGAUUUGGGAGGAAGAGGGUUUUGAAUUCCGGUGGGAAGAUUCAGGAUUCUCGGAAUAUCUGCAAAAAAUCAGUGAGCAAAACUCGAGAGCUUGAAGCUCUUCCUCAAGAUAUUCUGAUAAGGAUAAUAUGUGGAGUGGAGCAUGGAGACUUAAAGCAAUUGUUUAAUGUGUCGAAGACUAUAAGAGAAGCUACAUUGAUAGCGAAGAAAUGGCAUUUUGAAUAUAGCACACCAAGGAAAACUCUGUUUUUCCGUGGUGGGUUUGAUUCGAUGAUCGAUACUGGAGAUGAGAUGGAAGUUCCAUUGCUGAAAAAGUACCGCCGUUCGAGAAUAACCGGCGAAAAGAAAGUUUCUAAAAUCUCAGUGGCUCUUUUCAAAUGA